AUGGAAUGGUUAUACAACGUAACUCUUUCUAUGCUUUUCAUCGGUUUAUUAAAAUGGUGGAAGAAGAUUGUUACACUGAUAGAGAUAGUGUUCGUGGAGAAAGCAAUUUGGUGGAAAACCGGCGGUGAGAUUGAUUGCAGCGAGAUUUCAAUAUAUAGUGGAAGGUCUAUAGGCUUUGGAUUUGGGACUUUUGGAAGUGCUGAAGAAGUCAACAGUGUUAUUCACUCAUUAGAUGACGUGUGUUUUCAUUACUGCAAAAGAAGAUCCUAUUGGCGGAAGGAUCAAGUGGGAGCAGAGGAAGCUGAAUGGAGAUGUUAUAUGGGACAGUUAUGGGAAAUCUUCAUAGGUUUAUUUGAUAACCUUGUAAUUGAACCACAAGUUGAAAGAAUUGGAAAAUAUAAAAGAAAGAAAAUAGAAGAUAUCGAGAACUUUAUACACGAAGGUGUGUAUCAAGUUGACAAACAGAAACAAGAAGGUUUCAUAUCAAACAUACUCUGUGAUGACGAGGUGCUUCUCAAACCUGAGCUAUUGCUAUUUACAUGUGGAAGAUGUGAAGACGAUAAUAUGCAGACUAUUGGUGUCAAGUUGUUGACCCAAACAAAACACAUACCUACCUUGGAAAAUUUAGCCAGCCAGGAGGAGUUGAAGGAUUCUAUUGAUGUUGCCGGUUAA